AUCAGAACAAGAAUCUCAUACAACUAAUUCUGCUAACAAAGAAGAAAACCCAUACUUGCAAGAUAAUAUGUCUAUUACUGAAGAUGCAGACUUACAAGAAAAUGCUUUAGUACAAAAUGAACAAAAUAGGCCUUUAUUACUUUCAAUAAAAAUAGGCAACAAUAAAAGAAACUCUAUAUUAAGUAAAGAUAAGAACCUUUCACCUAAUUUAGUACUAGCAUUUUAUAAUAAACUGGUUGCACUAUAUCUUAAUACAGAAUUAUAA